AACAAUAUUUCUAUAUAUUCUUCACAAAACCCCCAUCUUUUUUAUACCCAACGAAGAGAAACAGAGAGACAGACCCAAAAACGAACCAUCAAUGUCACCUUAAAAACCAAAAAAAAGGUAAAUGUCAUUGCCACCUCAUCUCUGUCAUUCACACAUGCAUACACACAUCAAAAGACCCAUAUAGGCAUAGAAAUUAGAGGCACCCCAUUACCCCAAUCUCAUAUCUCUCACUCUCACACAAGCACACUUACACGUACCUACACUCAAACACACAGACAGAAUCACACAAAGAAAAAAAAAAAAAAAAAAAAACCAAAAAAAAAAAAAAAUGAGAAACCCAUCAGCAUCAGCAGGAACAGGUACAGGAACAGGAAGAGGAGGAGGUGGUGGGAGUUCUGGCAAGUCGACACCGUGCUGCGUCAAAGUGGGGCUGAAGAGAGGGCCGUGGACGCCGGAGGAGGAUGAGCUUCUUUCCAAUUACAUCAAGAAAGAAGGUGAAGGGCGGUGGCGAACGCUGCCAAAGCGAGCUGGGCUUCUUCGCUGUGGUAAGAGCUGUAGGCUCCGAUGGAUGAACUAUCUCCGCCCUUCUGUUAAGCGCGGCCAGAUCGCUCCUGAUGAAGAAGAUCUCAUUCUUCGACUCCAUCGCCUACUCGGCAAUAGGUGGUCAUUGAUAGCUGGAAGAAUUCCUGGACGUACUGAUAAUGAGAUAAAGAAUUACUGGAACACUCACCUCAGCAAGAAGUUGAUCAGCCAAGGCAUAGAUCCAAGAACCCACAAGCCUUUAAACCCAGAUUCAUCCUCUUCUGGAGGCACUGGUGGAAAUAAUGCUAAAGCUUCUUCAUCAAAAACCAAUCGUACUGUCCCAAACCCUAAUAACUCUAGUCCUGCCACUUCUCCAGCUGUAGAAGAGAGUACUCCUAGUGGCAGUGGAAUAAUGACCAUCAAGGAUAGUGGGUACUUCCAAAGUGCUAAUUUGGAUCAAUAUCAUGCUUCAGGGAUCGUUAUCAAUGGUGGCUAUGCAACUUUGCCAAACUCAGAUGGUUCAGCUGGAAUUGGAUUGAGAAGCAGCAACAAUGGACUUAGCCCUGAAGAUGAAGAUGACAUAAAUUACGGCUCUGAUGAUGUGUUCUCUUCCUUCUUGAAUUCAUUGAUCAAUGAAGAGGCAUUCACUGCCCAACACCAAUUCCAACAACAGACUAUUACUAAUGGGAUUGCAUCGGUGUCUGCUGAUCCUUUGAUUUCGAUCACUGCUUCGAGUUUUGGCCUUGGGGCUGGCUGGGAGUCUGCACUCAUGACCUCCACUUUCAACCAAAGUGAUACCAAGAGGCCUGUCAAUGAUCAGAUUGAAUAGGAUUUCCAUACCACCUGCUUGUAUUAAGUGCAGUUGGUUAGUUAAUGGAAAUUAUUCUAGGGGGUUUGCAUUAUUAUCAUUUUAUGUAUGUUAUCUGUUCUUAUUCCACUUGUUUUUAUCGUGGCUAUUGUGUUGUAUUUGUGGUGAUGUAUUAUUAUAUAUCUUGUAGGCUACAAAACAUAAAUAUUGAAAGGUUGUAAUAAUAUAGUUUGUAUGUGAA